AUGAGUUUUGCCUUAGUAAUUAUUAAUAUUUUAAUAUUAAAAGUUUUAUUUGUUAAUUGCUCGGAUGAUGAAUAUAGGCUUUUGCAAGAUUUGAAGGAGCGUUAUGAUCCAAUAAGCCUUCAUCUUUAUUUACAACAAAUUGUUGAUGUUGAUGAAAAGAAUCAAGUUUUAACAGUAGUGCUUUGGGAGGAAUUUCGAUGGUUCGAUUAUAAAAUGCGUUGGGACCCUCGAGAAUAUGGGGGAAUAAAAAAAAUUCGAUUUCCUACUGGGACUCUCUGGAGACCGGAUGUUCUUCUCUUUAAUAGUGCUGAUGAGAAUUUUGAUGCUCGAUUUGAUGUUAAUUUUGUAGUUAAUAAUGAUGGAAGUAUUUUAUAUUCCCCUCCAGCACUUAUUAAAUCAUCAUGUAAAAUUGACAUAACAUGGUCAGUUCCUAACAUAAAAAAUAGUAAUCUUUUAUUUGUCAGGUUUCCAUUCGACGAACAAAUGUGUUUAUUAAAGUUUGGACCCUGGACACAUCAAAGAUAUGCUUUAGAUUUGUGUAUUGACAGAGAGGGUAUAAGGGAGGAAGACAAACACAAACAUAGCAUUGAUAUUACCUAUUAUGUAACUAAUGGAGAAUGGGAUUUAAUUUCAACGCCGGCAAAUAUUUCAACUCCUCCUUUUGGCGAUCAAGGGGAUUCUUUUAUUGAAUUACAUUUUUAUAUACACAUUAAACGCAAAAUAAUUUAUUAUGGAAUGAAUUGGAUAGUUCCCAGUGUGCUUUUUUUAUUGACCAAUGUUUUGGGUUUCACUAUGCCGGCGGAAUGUGGCGAAAAAAUAACUUUACGUUUGUUUACUGUGUUAAUAGUAUCUAUUAAUAACUUCAUUAAAAUCUUAGAAACAACAAAUCUUCUUUCCGUAACAGUUUUUCUUGGAAUGGUUGCAGACAUAACUCCCCCAACUUCCGAUUCUGUUCCAAUUAUUGCCGCCUUUUUUUCUAUUGCAAUGGUGAUUCUUGGUUCUUCAAUUAUUUUUACUUUACUUAUAAUUAAUGUACAUUUUCGUUCUCCUCGAACACAUAAAAUGACGCCGUGGGUACGCACAAUUUUCUUAGAAUGGUUGCCUUGGCUUUUACUUAUGAAUAGACCGGGGAAACAAUUUCGAAAGCCAAAACGUAAACGUCGAACACCUCGACAAAGACCUGGUACUUGGACGUCUGAACAACAGAUUGAAUUACAGCAAAGAGAACAUUUGAAACAACGUGUUUUCCCUAAAACAUUACAAACUAGCGAUUCAAGUACAAGUCGAGGCUCAUUAGGUGUUGGUUUAAAUCGACAACAAUAUACACAGGAAUCAACAUUAAUAAUGGAAAAACCUUCUACUCCUUUAUUAACAGCAAAUUCAGGCAGUAAAGAUAAAGGAAAGAGAAUUCUUGAAGAUCGACUCGAUUCGUUUUUAAUAUCCGAAUAUGGAACUACAGAAUUAUUACGUUCCACACUUCGUGAACUUUCGGAUUAUCUACAUUUAUCCCAACAGAAAAUGGAUGAAGAAGAAGAGGAGGAGGAAGCAAAGGCUGACUGGCGUUUUAUGGCAAUGUCUUUAGACAGAGCUUGCCUUUUCCUUUAUGCCUUUAUUUGUUGUGCUCUCCCACUUUGGAUAUUUACUGCGACGCCAAAAUAUAUAUUACCUAUCGAUCCAACAAAAAUUGUUAAUCCUAAAGCUUUAUGUUCAUUUAAAGAAAAUUAG